CCAGUCGGUUUACAUGUGCGAACGCGAGACGUAGCAACACAGCUUUGUAUAGCGACCUCUGCCGCGGCUGCUUUGCUUUAGAGGAUUCUGGUUUGAGUUGGGUGGUGGUUCAGCGCCUACUAGCGACUGACUGGUUGCGUUUUGCGAUUGAUCUACGACAAGCACGCGAAGACGACGGCCCCGUUCAGUUUAUUGUUCGCAGCCGACCCGUGUGGACGUGAAAUUGUGGAAGUUAAAGGUGUGUCUUGCGAGUGAAUAUAAAGUGUACAAAAAAGUGGAAAGUGUUGACCGUCAGUCAGAAGCCGUUGCUUGGUGUGUUUGAUCGGUGUAGUUACUGCGUCCCAGCCGAUAGUGUAUAUAAGCAAAAGUCUAAGUACCCGGAACGCUGGGACCGGAUUUGGAGACGAGCAAAAAAACGCGCUACGUCAAGCAACAACAACUGAGUUCGGUGGAGUUACUGGAUAGCAGUAUUUGUCUUCUAGAGAAUGACUACAGGCGGAAAAGACUGGUUAUCAUGUCGCCAAGUACUGAACAUUAUGGUCAUCUUCGGGUUCAUGUUGAACUAUGCCCUGCGGGUGAACUUCACGAUCGCCAUCGUGGUAAUGUGCAAAACCUUGAAGAAUCUCUCGAACGGAACCGCCGGUGACGAUGCCCUUGCGUUCGGUAACGAAACAGCUGCGGCGCUGUCCAGUGGCUCCACCACAACCGAGCAGAGUGUGAUCGCGGAAGAGGACAAGUUCGAGUGGGAUGCGUACCAGCAGAAUCUGAUGCUCGGCAGUUUCUUCUGGGGUUACGUGCUAACGGAACUACCCGGUGGCCGUCUAGCGGAGGUCGUCGGUGGACGACGCGUCUUCGGAUACAGCAUGCUUGUUGCCAGUGUACUGACAUUGGUUAUUCCUCUUGCCGCUUACACCCAUUACAUUGCAGUUGUUAUAUUGCGAGCUGUUUUAGGCUUCUUCCUGGGGGCAUCCUGGCCGGCCAUUCAUCCACUGACCGCAGUCUGGAUCCCACCGAUGGAUCGGUCAAAGUUUAUUUCCAACAUGAUGGCUUCUUCGCUGGGAGCUGCUAUUACGAUGCCAAUUUGCGGCUUCCUGAUAGCGACCGUCGGUUGGCAGUCGGUGUUCUACUUCACCGGUGGAAUCAGUUUGCUGUGGUCGAUCAUUUGGUUCCUGGUCGUAUUCGAGACUCCGGCAUCUCAUCCACGAAUCUCAGCCGAGGAGCGAAAUGAAAUUGAGAGCGCGAUCGGUGCUGUCGGUAAAACUAGGAAACCCACCUACGUGCCAUGGAAGUCGAUCUUUACCUCGGCUCCAGUUUGGGCUAUUAUUUUGACUCACGGUGCAUCGGUGUUUGGCUUCUUUACCGUUGUCAACCAGCUGCCGACGUAUAUGAAGUACAUUCUGAACUUUAACAUUAAGGAGAACGGUCUUCUGUCUUCGUUGCCGUACUUUGGCAAAUAUGCUAUGGCUGUUAUGUCUUCCCACCUGGCCGAUCAUCUGCGCAAGACUGGAGCUUUGUCAACCACAGCCACUCGCAAGAUCUUCACAGCUUUCGCCGUCAUGACUCCCGGAUUCCUGAUGAUCGUUCAAGUCUACAUGGGCGAAAACCGCAGCUGGGCUGUGGCAAUCUUCACCCUUGCACUGUUCCUGAACGGUGCCGUCACAGCUGGCUAUCUCGGCAACGGUUUGGACAUUGCGCCCAACUUCUCCGGAACUAUCUUCGGUAUGGCGAAUACCCUGUCGUCGUUCGGUGGUUUUGUGUCCGCCUACAUGGUUGGUGUUUUGACACACGAAAACCAAACCUACGGCCAGUGGCAGAUUGUGUUCUGGAUCCUUGCAGUAGUUUACAUUGUCGGUUCUUCGGCCUAUGUCCUCAUGGGAACGGGCGAGCUGCAGUCUUGGAACAACCCACCGGAACGAGGCAUCACCAAUCACGAGGCUGAGGAAGGUGUGCCACUGAACCAGCAGAACCAAAAUAACAAAUCAAUCUCCUCCUAAAAUGCCACAACGCACAAUGAUCAAUCCAAGCUCCAAUGAAAGGCUUGAUAAGCUUUUAUUCAGAGUUAAUUUCCGUUGGAGAAUAUGUGCCUACACAACGCAGAUUACUGUGAGAGGUAACCUGGAUAGAACCAAUUCUCCAGCUUUGCACUUAAUCGUAGCUUUCGUAUAUGAAAUUUACGAUCAUACUUAUAUACUUACUUGAGAAUCACAAUCGUGCCGUACCGGUUUGGGUGGUGCGAAACCUAACUUUUAACGUGUUUUUAGGUGAAAAUUUUAAGAUUUAUGUAAAUGUAAUCGUUUGAAGAGCGAGCGUUAAGUUUUAGAUGCAAGCUAAGUGAAAUAGGAUGAUGAUAGUAGCUUUUCGUGAUUUGCUUUAGCAUUUAUACUUAUUAUUUUGUGUCUCAGAUGCGACUAGUGGAAAAGCAAAUCCAAGGUGUAACAUCACUCGUUGUUAUAGGUGUAAUUGUAGGGAAGAGAAAUUAGAAAACCACACAUUUCAAAUCGACGGAGUUGUAGUGCUACAUGGGCAGAGUUUCAUUACACUAGCAUUCAUAAUCAUCGAGCUUCACUUGGUGCUGUUUUGAUUUUCAUGUUUUAGUGGAGAUCAACGGCUUUCGUCUCCGGCGAAAGUAGUUCAGUGCUGUAAACUGUGAACGCGUAAAUAUUGUAUUCAACUCAGAGAAAAGCAACAAAAUAAAAUCAUAAAUACAGCCUUCCUGAUCCAUGUUAGAUUUUGCGAAUAAAGCCAUGUUUGUGAACAAAAAUUACUUAACAUAGUCAGCUUUAAUGUAACCAGUGCUCCAGAGAAAAAUGCAUAUGUUUAAAUCCAAAUUUGUGAACAGAAGAUUGAAUUUCUUACCAAUUUUGAUAAAACAACAAUGGAAUUCUAACAUGUGCCUUUAGUUGACCACUUGAUAAGCUACGUUUCAAAAAAAGUUAUACAACAAUAAAAAAAAACCGACAGACUAAAUGAUAAAGGUGAUGUCAGAUACUUACAGAAAUAAUGCGAUAUACCUACUACAUGAUCUGAAUUUUGAGCGAUAAUAAUCGCCAAUCGCACUGCAACUAACGUCAACUGUAGUAAGGAAUGUAUACAAAUUCUUAAUCAAUAAAAUAUAAUAAAAACAUUGCGUAUACUCUCAAUAGAAACAGUUUUAGAACUAGCCAAAUGUCGGUUAUAAAACAAUUUUUAUUUACAAUGUGCUUUUGCGAUGCGUAGAAACUUUUGCAUUACUGUUUCUGAUGGCCUUACUCAUAUUAAAUUUACAAAUAAAUGUUUUAAAAAGA